GACAAACAGGCAUAUAUAAAUAUCCGCCUUAGCCACUAACCAUUUUUCAAUCCCAAUAUAACCACCUCACAUUUUUUUCAUCACUCCUUAAAGAUGACAACAGCAGAAAAAACUUCAAACUUGGAUCUCAUACGCCAACACCUCUUUGGUGAAAACAUCAUCUCAGACUCCUCCUCCUUUGUCUCCAAUCUCCAUCAUCAUCCUGUGAAACUUGAACCCCCCUCAUCACCAGAAUUUGAUUUCACCUCAUAUAUCUUAGAUAACAACACAAGCAGCAACUUCUUCACAUUCCUUGAAGGCUAUGAUUUGGUGGCAGACAUGAAGUUUGUAAUUGAUUCAGACAACACCACCACCAUGGUGAUCCCUUCAAAGGAGGUUAUAAAGAAAUGCAAUAUUAAUUCUCCUGAAGAACAACCAAUGGUGUCAUCAUCAUCAGAAGAGAAGCCAACAAUGAAAAAGUCAGAACAUUAUGAUGAGGCAAAGCGUUAUAGGGGAGUUAGGAGAAGGCCAUGGGGGAAAUUUGCUGCUGAAAUCCGUGACCCUACAAGGAAAGGGACAAGGGUUUGGCUUGGAACAUUUGACAGUGAAAUUGAUGCUGCUAAGGCCUACGAUUGUGCUGCUUUCAAGAUGAGGGGUCAGAAGGCCAUUCUGAACUUCCCUCUUGAGGCUGGAGAGUCUGAUCCUAAACCUAAUAACAGUUGUGGCAGGAAAAGGAGAAGAGAUCAGAACCAUGAUCAUGAAUUCGAGCUUCCAUAAGUUCAAGUUCAUCAUGGUGUUUCAUGAGAAAGUGAGAAGAAUAUUAGAGUUAGCUUAAUUAGUUGUGUGGCUAGCAUUAAGUUUGUUACUUACCUAGGAAAAUAAUUAAUAUGCCUGUGAAAGUCUGUACAUAGAAACAAUGCUAAUGUGAAAUGUCUAUAUGAAUCUAUGCAAAGUAUGUUAUGAAAGUUUUACUAACUUUUAGGAGUUUUAGAAAAAUAUUAAUCAGUUUAUGUUUUUUUUUAA